AUGGGUCAGCUCGACCGGUGCAAUACCGCAGCCUCACAGAAAAACAACCACAGCGUUUUGUUUCGCCGUGUAAAGUUCCGUAGGCCCCAUUCUUCCAUCCCCGAUCCUAUGCUGUCGCUGGUGUCCAUAGGCGGCGCUGAUUGCUUACCAUCAGGUGAAGUUGAGCGGCUGUUACGCGAGUAUCGCCAGAACCAGGAGUUGGUGCGGAAUAUCGGCGCCCACUACUAUCAGAUCAUUUACCCGGUACAGCUUCGACAUCACGAGAAAAUGGGCAUCUCCACGCGCGAGGUCAACACUCCCAAGGGCAGAGGUUACGACUACCAACAGGGCACAAGGUCGCGCGCUAGGACUGGCAAACACUUUCAUAGGACUUCACUUCUCAUCAAAGCUUUCAACCACAAGUUCCGACUGGACCUUGAGCUUAACACGCAACUGCUAGCGCCCAAUCUGAAACAAACACAGUAUUUAGCAAAUGGUGCCGAGAGCGACAUCAGAACUGAAAUUGAGCACUGCUACUACCACGGCACGGUGAAGGACUACCCAGGGGCGUCAGCAGCAUUCCACACGUGCAACGGAGUGUCAGGGGUCAUUCACAUCGGCAACGAGACGUUUGUUAUCCACCCCUUCUACGGGGGUUGUGAAAUAUUGGUAGAGGUGGAGUAG